AUGAUAGCAUCAGACGAUCAUUGUGAUGGAGGAGAAAAAGAAGAAUUUUUUGAUGCUUUUGAAUCGCCCUUGGAAUUAGAAAAGGCAUCAAUAGGCCCUUAUCCUCGAGAAACUAUAAGAUUCCCUUUCGUAAAAUCUAUUACGUCAAUUUCAGACUAUAGAGACUCGGGAUCAAUGCAUGAAAAUCUUGGUCUGAGUUCUGAUCGUACAUCAAUCAGAUCAGUACAAAAAUCUUUUUCUAAUUCUAAUUAAUUAUAACGUUUAACGUCCACUACGGGGUAGACUAUCCCAGGCCCGCCACUCGCCUUUCGCCGCACCGGGCCAACAGGUUGCUGGGCCAACCCAUCUCGAUCACCAAGAUGCGCCUAGGGCAAAUGUCACCGGCUUCGACGGCUCAUGAGUGAGCUACUUGCUUCUGUACAUGGGUUGCCUUUCCGAAAAUCCAAAAAAUGGAUUUUCUGGUCGGCUCUCGGCAAAAAGGAAAAACAUGCAGCCUGGGACGUAACGCCCAGUUUCACGCUAGGGAGUUGCCCGAUUGGUCCUUAGGAAUCUGCUGGGCUUCCCCUUUCCAACUGACAUGCCUUCCUUCCCAUGAGGAAAAAACCCAACCUGAAAAUAAACUUGGACUAGGCUCUGAACACAACCAGAAUUGCUUACCUAGCAUUGCUGUCCCUUUCUGAGCUGGCAAAACCUUGCCGGAUAUAAUUAAAUAUGAGUCGAGGCUGCAUGGCCAGGAGGCCAUGCCCAGACGAAGACGCCAUAUUUAAUUAUACAAAAAUCUUUUUCACUUAAAAGUGGAGUUGAUGUCCAUGAUUUCCCAUUGAGACUGAAAUCAGAAAUAAUAGAAGACAUCAGUUUUUCAAAUUUACACUUACUCAUUAUUGCUUUAUUAAAGUAGUAUUAUUAAAAUUCCUUCAAUCUUUUCUUGCUAUUAUUGAUUUUUAUUCAUAGUAAUUUUAAUUUAAUUUAUAUCAACAAAAUUUUUAUAAAUCCUUACCGAUAAGUGGGAGGUUAGCGCAAGAGUUAAAUGUAGUGCGAAACUCUAAAAACGAGGCUUGGAUUAUGAAAUUCAGUGAAAGCUCAAAACAUCUAGCUGUAACUGGAAAUUCUGGUAUCAUUUCAAUAUAUGACACAAAUCUCAUGAUAAAUGAAAGCGAGAUUUUAAAAUCAACCCCAACUCAGAUUUUGACUCACCACACAGAUAAAGUGACUGAUCUCAGCUGGAAUCAAGCAGGCCUUUUAAUAUCAGCUUCACUGGAUUGCACUGUAAGAUUAUGGAACAAAAGCGAAAAUCCGAUUUUUACAUAUCAGCAUCCGUGCCCUGUUCAUUCUGUAUGUUUUCAUCCAACUAUUUCAGGAUACUUUGCAACUGCAGCUGAAGAUCGUAUCAUAAGAAUUUUCAAUAUUACAUCCGGACAGGUCGAAGCCAACUAUAAGGUUGCAAGCGAUAUUUAUGUAAUUAAAUAUUCACCACUAGGUGAUUUUCUCGUUGCUGGCCUAUCCCAUGGAAAAGUGAUGCUUUAUCAAAGUCCAAACUCCGAUUUACGCUUACGUUUCCAUUCAAUUCUGAAAUCCCGAAAUCGCUCUGGCUUCAAAUGUUUCGGCAAAAAAGUCACAGGGCUUGAAUUCACUAAUAAUGAUUUACUUCUCAUAACCACAAAUGACUCAAGACUCAGACUUUUCCAAUACAAAACGAGCAACUUAAUCCAAAAAUAUAAAGGAACUUCAAACUCCAAAUUUCCAAUUUCUGCCAGCUUUUCUUCAGAUUUUGAUCGCAUUAUAUGUGGCUCAGAAAAGGGGAAAUUUUUCAUAUGGAAAACUCUUGGUGAGAACUCUGAAAAAGACCCAGAAAAAAACAAUAAUUUUGAAGCUUUCGGACCAAGAAGCCAAAAAGUAGCGGAGUUCUCAAUGUUCUCUCCUAAAAGAGUUGUAUCAUUAGCAAACUCAAAAUUUAAACUAAACGAAGUCAAAGAAGUGAUUUUUACAAUCAGUUCUCAAGGGACUUUAAAGAUAUUUUAUAAUUUUAAUUAA